AUGCCGAUCCAGGAUCACUUCCAGCUCCCCAGCUCCGCGCAGGAACUGCCGCUGCCCGAAGACGACGCAGCGGCCGCGCUGUUCCUGUGCUUCAUCUCCUCGACAGACCCGGCGACGGGGCAAUCGUGGUGCCCCGACGUGCGGGCUGCUCUGCCGCGGCUGGAGCGUGCGUUUGGGAGGGACGAGGCGCCCAAGCUGGCGUAUGUGCAUGUUGGACAACGACCAGAGUGGAAGGAUCUGGGGAACGUGUACAGGACGAAGUGGCAUGUCAAGGCUGUGCCGCAGUUGGUGCGGUAUCAGCGUGUUGAUGGUGAGGUAAAGGAGACGGGGAGAUUGGUCGAGGCCGAGGUUGUCGACGAGAACAAGCUCCUUGGUCUAGUUAGUGAGUGA